UCACGACCUAAAAAAGAAGAUUGAUGAUUUUGCUGAGAGUUGUCCUUUGCUUGAAAUGAUGGCAAACAAAGUUAGUUCAAUAUGGCAAUGAUGCCAAGACACUGGGAAAGAAUUGCACAAGUAACUGGCCAUAAGUUUGAUGUUGUCUCUGAAAGUUUCUCUCUGAAGAACAUAAUGGAUGCCUCAUUGUUAAAAUACAAGGAAGAUAUUGAGGAUAUCUGCAUCAGUGCUGUUAAAGAAAAGGACAUUGAAGCAAAAUUGAAACAUGUCAUCAAAGAGUGGAGUACUCAUGUCUUUACAUUUGGCCAGUUCAAAACCAGAGGAGAAUUGCUUCUGAAAGGCUCAGAUACUUCCGAGAAGAUAGCUCUAAUGGAGGAUAGUCUCAUGAUUUUGGGAUCCCUCAUGAGCAACAGGUACAAUGCACCAUUCAAGCCCACAAUCCAACAGUGGGUCCAGAAACUGGCCAAUACCACAGAAAUAAUUGAAAAUUGGAUUACUGUACAAAACCUCUGGAUUUACCUUGAAGCUGUUUUUGUUGGUGGAGACAUUGCAAAACAGCUGCCUCAGGAAGCCAAAAGGUUUCAGAACAUUGAUAAAUCUUGGCAGAAGAUUAUGCAGAGAGCUCAUGAGACAUCAAACAUAGUACAGUGCUGUGUUGGAGAUGAGACAUUGGCACAGCUACUACCACAUUUGCUGGAACAACUGGAAAUAUGUCAGAAAUCAUUAACUGGGUAUUUGGAAAAGAAACGAUUAGUAUUUCCCAGAUUUUUCUUUGUAUCUGAUCCUGCACUUCUGGAAAUCCUUGGUCAGGCAUCAGAUUCACACACUAUUCAGGCACAUUUACUGAGUCUGUUUGACAAUGUUAACCGAGUGGGAUUUCAUGAAAAGAACUAUGACCAGAUUUUAUUAUUUGAAUCUCAAGAAGGAGAACAAGUCAAUAUUAUUGAGCCUGUUCUAGCUCAGGGUAAUGUGGAAUUCUGGCUGGGACAGCUGCUGAAUGGGAUUAAGAAAACAAUCCACUCCAUCAUUAGACAGGCAUCUAUAGCCAUUAGUGAUUCAGGAUUUAAGCUGUAUGACUUCCAGACAAUGUUUCCUGCACAAAUAGGUCUUCUGGGAAUUCAAAUGAUUUGGACCAGAGAUGCAGAGGAUGCGCUAAACAAUGCCAAAACAGACAAAAAGGUCAUGCACACAACAAAUCAGAAGUUUCUCGACCUUUUAAAUGAUUUGAUUGACAUGACAACAUGUAAUCUGACAAGGAUGGAGCGCACAAAAUAUGAGACUUUAAUCACUAUUCAUGUACAUCAGAAGGAUAUCUUUGAUGAUUUGGUCCGUAUGAAUAUUAAAUCUCCAUCUGACUUUGAAUGGCAAAAACAAUCCAGAUUUUACUUUAUUGAAGAUGUGGACAAAUGCAUCAUCCAAAUCACUGAUGUGGAGUUCAGUUACUGCAAUGAAUAUUUAGGCUGUACAGACAGACUCGUUAUAACUCCUUUAACUGACAGAUGUUACAUCACAUUGGCUCAGGCUUUGGGAAUGAGUAUGGGUGGUGCUCCAGCAGGACCUGCAGGUACUGGGAAAACAGAAACAACUAAAGACAUGGGCAAAUGUCUGGGAAAAUACGUUGUUGUCUUUAAUUGUUCAGACCAAAUGGACUACAGAGGCCUAGGUCGUAUUUAUAAAGGUUUGGCCCAGUCAGGUGCAUGGGGUUGCUUUGAUGAAUUUAAUCGCAUUGAACUUCCUGUUCUAUCAGUAGCUGCUCAGCAGAUCUAUAUUGUGCUGCAAUGUAAGAAAAAUAAGAAGCUCCAGUUCAUCUUUACUGAUGGUGAAGUUGUUGACAUGGACAGAGAAUUUGGCAUAUUUCUGACUAUGAAUCCUGGUUAUGCAGGGCGACAGGAACUUCCAGAAAAUCUAAAGAUUCAGUUCCGUACAGUAGCUAUGAUGGUGCCUGACCGUGGUAUCAUUAUGAGAGUCAAGCUGGCAAGUGCAGGUUUCCGAGACAAUCAAAUCCUUAGUCGAAAAUUUUACACACUCUACAAACUUUGCGAGGAACAGUUAUCUAAACAGGUUCACUAUGACUUUGGAUUAAGAAAUAUUUUAUCUGUCUUAAGAACUCUUGGAGCAGUAAAAAGAGCCGAUCCCAAUGAGCCAGAGAAAACAGUAGUGAUGAGAGUUCUACGGGACAUGAACCUCUCCAAGCUGGUAGAUGAAGAUGAACCUUUAUUUAUGAGUCUGAUUAACGACCUGUUCCCUGGAAUUACUUUUGAUAAGGUCGGGUAUCCUGAACUAGAGUCGGCCAUUCAGAAAGAGACGGAGAAAGCUGGGCUUAUUCAUCAUCCUCCGUGGAUUCUUAAGCUUAUUCAACUGUAUGAAACUCAGCGAGUCCGACAUGGUAUGAUGACUCUGGGUCCGACUGGUGCAGGGAAGACAAAAUGCAUUAAUAUCUUGAUGAAAGCAAUGACAGACUGUGGCACUCCUCAUAAAGAGAUGAGGAUGAACCCAAAGGCAAUUACAGCUUCCCAGAUGUUUGGUACUCUCGAUGUUGCUACAAAUGAUUGGACAGAUGGCAUUUUCUCUACUUUAUGGAGAAAAACUUUAAAAGCAAAGAAGGGAGAACACAUAUGGAUAGUUUUGGAUGGUCCUGUGGAUGCGAUAUGGAUUGAAAAUCUGAACUCCGUUCUAGAUGAUAACAAGACCCUUACUUUGGCUAAUGGAGAUCGUAUUCCAAUGUCCCCAAACUGCAAGAUUGUUUUUGAGCCCCAUAACAUUGACAAUGCUUCCCCAGCAACAGUAUCUCGUAAUGGGAUGGUCUUCAUGAGUUCCUCCGUGUUAGAUUGGAGGCCCAUUUUAAAGGCGUGGCUGCAAACUUUGCCUGCUACUCACUCUGAUGUCCUAUGGAACAGCUUUAACAGUGUAUUUCAGGAUUUGAUUGAUUUUGUUUUCACUGCUGUGACACCGAAAAUGCCAGUUUUAGAAUGCAUGUCCAUCAAACAAGCUAUUGACCUCCUACAGGGUUUAUUGGCAGACAGAAAUGAGAAGCAGCCCAGCCAAGAGCAUUUAGCUCGCUUGUUUGUUUUUGCUAUAAUGUGGUCAGUAGGAGCUCUUCUGGAAUUGGAUGACAGAGUGAAAAUGGAACUGUUCUUACGGAAUCAUUCUGCAACGCUGGAACUUCCAGCUGUGAACGGAGAAGAAACCAUGUUUGAGUUUGGUAUUAGUGAUUGUGGUCAGUGGGAACACUGGUCGAAGAGGGUACCUGAAUAUGUUUAUCCUAAAGAUUCAGUGCCAGAAUAUACCUCCAUCCUAGUUCCAAAUGUAGACAAUGUCCGAACAGAUUUUCUAAUGGACACGAUCAUGAAGCAGGGGAAAGCAGUUCUACUUAUUGGAGAGCAGGGAACAGCAAAAACAGUUAUGGUUAAGGGUUAUACCAGCAAAUAUGAUCCUGAACUUCAUCUGACAAAGCGCUUAAACUUCUCUUCUGCCACUCUGCCAAAUAUGUUCCAAAGGAGUAUAGAAAGCUACAUAGAUAAAAGAAUGGGCACGACCUAUGGUCCUCCAGCUGGAAAGAAAAUGACCAUAUUUAUUGAUGAUAUUAACAUGCCUGUGAUUAACGAAUGGGGUGAUCAGAUCACCAAUGAGAUUGUAAGGCAGCUGAUGGAGCAGAAAGGUUUCUACAAUUUGGAAAAGCCAGGAGAAUUCACUAAUGUGGUUGACAUCCAGUUUGUAGCUGCCAUGAUUCAUCCUGGAGGAGGUCGGAAUGACAUUCCUCAGCGCCUCAAGCGUCAAUUUAGUGUUUAUAACUGCACCCUACCUUCCAAUUUGUCUAUUGACAAAAUAUUUAGAACAGUAGCUGAAGGCUAUUUCUGCGUGCAGAGAGGCUUCCCUGAAGAAGUAUGUAAACUGGCAUCAGCAUUAGUACCUACAACUCGAAAAGUCUGGCAAGCAACUAAAGUAAAGAUGUUACCAACUCCAGCUAAAUUUCAUUACAUCUUUAAUUUACGAGAUCUCAGUCGUAUUUGGCAAGGAAUUCUUACAGUUUCUGCUGAAAUCUGCCAGAACACCAGUGUUUUGGCUGCUCUCUUCCAGCAUGAAUGCAGUCGUGUUAUUGCAGACAGGUUCAUCAUCCAAAAUGACAAAGACUGGUUUGAAGAUAUGAUGAGAAAGAUUGCGUCUGAGGAUCGUUGUCAAGACUUACUAGGAAAUGACCACAAGGAAUUAUACUUUGUGGAUUUUUUGCGUGAUGCCCCAGAGGCCACUGGGGAUGAACCUGAUGAAGUAGAACUAGAAGCUCCUAAAAUUUAUGAGUCUAUUCCUUCCUUUGAUAACUUGGCUGAAAGAUUACAGAUGUUCAUGCAGCAGUACAAUGAAACCAUCAGAGGAACACAUAUGGACUUAGUAUUUUUCAAGGAUGCAAUGAUCCAUUUGGUUAAAAUAUCCCGAAUUAUCCGUACUCCGCAGGGAAAUGCCUUGUUGGUUGGUGUGGGUGGAUCUGGAAAACAGAGCUUGACCAGAUUAGCAUCACAUAUUGCUGGAUAUCAGAGCUUUCAGAUUACUCUAACAAGAACAUAUGGCAUUAAUAACCUUAUGGAUGAUCUGAAAAUUCUGUACCGCACCGCUGGACAGAAAGGACAGGGUAUUACCUUUAUAUUCACAGACAAUGAAAUCAGAGAUGAGUCUUUUCUUGAGUACAUGAACAAUGUUUUGGCUUCAGGUGAGGUUUCCAAUCUUUUUGCACGUGAUGAAAUAGAUGAAAUAACACAAGACCUGAUAUCUGUGAUGAAGAAAGAGUACCCGAGACGUUCUCCUAGUAGUGAAAAUCUCUAUGACUAUUUUCUUACUCGAGUUCGCAACAAUUUGCAUGUGGUUCUUUGUUUUUCUCCUGUUGGGGAAAAAUUCAGAACUCGUGCACUAAAGUUUCCAGGUUUGAUUUCAGGAUGUACUAUGGACUGGUUUCAGCGCUGGCCUAAAGAUGCUCUAGUAGCUGUUGCACAGCAUUUUUUAGCUUCCUACAAAAUUGAAUGCACAGAUGAAGUAAAACAAAGUGUUGUUAACACUAUGGGAACAUUUCAAGAUUUCGUAGCUGAAAAAUGCGUCGAGUACUUUGAACGAUACAGGCGUCAAACAUUUGUGACUCCGAAGUCUUAUCUGUCAUUCAUCAGCGGCUACAAAACCAUCUAUAGAGAGAAAUUUGCUUAUGUGGGAAAUUUGUCUGACCGCAUGAAAACAGGCCUUGCAAAACUCAUGGAAGCUGAGGUUUCAGUAAACCAGCUGUCCAAAGAACUGGCAGUGAAAGAGAGAGACUUGGCUGUUGCUUCUGAAAGAGCUGAUGGCGUUUUACUGGACGUGACUAUGAAAGCCCAAGCUGCUGAAAAGGUGAAAAUGCAGGUCCAAAAGGUGAAAGACAAAGCCCAUGCCAUUGUGGAUGAAAUUGCCAUUGAUAAAGCAGCAGCUGAGGAGAAGCUUGAAGCUGCAAGACCUGCACUGGAGGAAGCAGAAGCAGCACUGCAGACUAUUAAACCAGUAGACAUUGCUACUGUUCGCAAACUGGGUAAACCUCCUCACUUGAUAAUGCGGAUCAUGGAUUGUGUGCUACUUCUGUUCCAAAGAAAAAUUGAUUCUGUGACAGCUGACCCAGAACGAACAUGUGUGAAGCCAUCAUGGACUGAAGCUCUGAAGCUAAUGAAUAAUUCAGGGUUUCUCAGCAUGCUGCUUACUUUCCAGAAGGAUUCAAUUACAGGAGAGAUUGUGGAACUACUACAGCCUUAUUUAGACAUGGAAGAUUAUAAUCUGGAGACUGCUAAAAAAGUUUGCGGGAAUGUAGCAGGUCUAUGUUCAUGGACACAAGCAAUGGCAUACUUCUACAGUAUUAAUAAAGAAGUCCUUCCCCUUAAGGCAAAUCUAGCAUUGCAGGAAGCAAGGCUAGCAGUUGCCCAAACGGAAUUAAAUAAUGCACAGAACCAGCUUGAUGAGAAACAGAGGGAACUGGACCAAGUACAAGCCAUGUAUAAUGCUGCCAUGCAAGAGAAACAAACUUUACUGGAUGAUGCUGAGGCAUGCAGACGGAAGAUGAAUAAUGCCACAGCCCUAAUUGAAGGAUUAGGUGGAGAAAAGAUUCGUUGGACAGAAAGCAGCAAAAAUUUUCAAAAUCAAAUUAUUCGAUUAGUGGGAAAUGUUCUUCUAGCCACUGGAUUUCUCUCUUACUCUGGGCCAUUUAAUCAGGGGUAUAGGAACCUGCUGCUCCGGCUGUGGAAGACAGAAAUGGACCAAAACAGAAUUCCAUAUAGUGACGAUCUUAACCUCAUCAGUAUGCUUGUUGACAAUGCUACAAUUGGAGAAUGGAGCCUCCAGGGUCUCCCAAAUGAUGACCUUUCAAUUCAGAAUGCCAUCAUUGUCACAAAGGCAUCUCGAUAUCCUUUGCUGAUUGACCCACAAGGUCAAGGAAAGAUCUGGAUUAAAAAUAAGGAAAAGGAUAACGAACUCCAGGUUACAUCUCUGAACCACAAAUACUUCAGGAGUCACCUAGAAGACUGUCUUUCCCUAGGAAGACCUUUGUUAAUAGAAGAUGUUGGAGAAGAACUUGAUCCUGCUCUGGAUAACAUUUUGGAAAAAAAUUUCAUAAAAUCUGGCUCAACUCAUAAAGUAAAAGUAGGUGACAAGGAGGUAGAUGUAAUGAAGGGAUUUACCCUUUAUAUAACAACUAAAUUGGCUAAUCCUGCCUACACUCCAGAAAUCAGUGCAAAAAUGGCUGUGAUUGAUUUUACUGUUACCAUGAAAGGCUUGGAAGAUCAGCUCCUUGGCCGUGUCAUUCUCACUGAAAAACAGGAACUGGAGGCAGAAAGAGUCAAGCUGAUGGAAGAAGUGACAUCUAACAAGAGGAAAAUGCAGGAUCUUGAAGACAGUCUUCUCUUCCGUUUAACCAGCACAGAAGGGUCUCUGGUUGAAGAUGAAUCUCUGAUAGAAGUCCUAAGAAUCACUAACACAACUGCAGAAGAGGUGAGUGAAAAGUUACAUGUUGCAGCAGAGACAGAGGUGAAAAUCAACACCGCACGUGAAGAAUAUCGUCCAGUUGCUUGUCGUGGCAGCAUCCUUUAUUUCCUAAUUGUGGAAAUGAGCUUGGUAAAUGUAAUGUACCAGACAUCCUUACGGCAAUUCCUUGGCAUUUUUGAUCUAUCGGUGGAAAGAUCAGUGAAAUCUCAGAUCACAGCCAAACGAGUAGCCAACAUAAUUGAGCAUCUCACCUAUGAAGUAUACAAGUACACUGUGCGAGGGCUAUAUGAAAAUCACAAGUUCCUCUUCACACUGCUCAUGGCACUGAAAAUUGACUUGCAGGCCAAGAAAAUUUCUCACAAUGAGUUUCAGACACUCAUCAAAGGAGGUGCAAGUUUGGAUCUGAACUCUGUACAACCAAAACCAAAGAAGUGGAUCCUUGACAUGACAUGGCUCAAUCUUGUACAGUUAUCUAAUCUGUACCCUUUUAACCAGCUUCUGGGGCAAGUUACAAGGAAUGAAAAAGCCUGGAAAGCCUGGUUUGAUAAAGAAGCACCUGAAGAAGCUCCUCUUCCUGAUGGAUAUGACAGUUUAGUGGAUACAUUCCGUAAACUGCUCCUUAUCCGUAGCUGGUGCCCUGAUCAUACCAUUGCUCAGGCGCGGCACUACAUUGCAGAAUCUCUCAGUGUGAAAUAUGCAGAAGGAUUUAUUCUUGAUAUGGAAGCAAUGUGGAUUGAAAGUGACUGUCGAACACCCUUGACUUGCUUUUUAUCUAUGGGAUCUGAUCCCACUGAAAAUAUAGAGCGUCUUGCAAAAUCAAAGAAUACUCCUUGUCGUGCCAUUUCAAUGGGUCAGGGCCAGGAGAUCCAUGCAAGGCGCUUAUUAAAUCAGUGUAUGCAAGAUGGAGGAUGGCUCCUUCUGCAGAACUGCCACCUGGGCUUGGAUUUCCUUGAUGAAUUAUUGGACACCAUCAUAACAACAGAGUCUAUGAACGAGGGUUUCAGGACGUGGAUUACUACAGAGGUCCAUUCAAAAUUUCCUAUUAAUCUUUUGCAGUCAUCGAUCAAAUUUACUAAUGAACCACCUCAAGGUGUAAAGGCUGGUUUAAAGCGGACAUACUCUGCUAUUACUCAGGAACAGCUGGAAGUGAGCAAUAUGCCACAGUGGAAACCACUGUUAUAUGCUGUGGCAUUUCUACAUACAACUGUUCAGGAAAGACGAAAGUUUGGUCCAUUGGGCUGGAACAUCCCUUAUGAAUUUAACCAAGCAGACUUUGCAGCCAGUGUGCAGUUUAUUCAGAAUCAUUUGGAUGAGGUUGACAUUAAGCGUGGGGUGAACUGGAGCUGUGUUCGCUAUAUGCUUGGAGAAGUACAGUAUGGUGGCCGUGUAACAGAUGACCUUGACAAAAUAUUGCUAAAUACAUUUGCCAGAGCAUGGUUUGGAGAGAGUAUGUUUACUGACAAAUUUUGCUUCUACAAAGGUUACGUUAUUCCAAAAGGCAGGACAGUUGAAGACUAUCUCCAGCACAUAGAGCAGCUGCCAAUUGUCGAUACACCUGAGGUAUUUGGACUUCACCCUAAUGCAGACAUAACUUAUCAGACUAAUAUGGCUAAUGAGACUUUAAGCACAAUAGUUAGCAUUCAGCCUAAAGACAGCGGCAGUGGAGGAGGGGAAACCAGAGAAGCAAUGGUACAGCGUCUUGCUGAUGAGAUGCUGGAGAAGUUGCCACCAGACUACAUCCCUCAUGAGGUGAAAGCCCAGCUUCAAAAGAUGGGAGCAAUUCAACCCAUAAAUAUAUUUCUACGUCAGGAAAUUGACCGUAUGCAGCAUGUUAUAUCAAGAGUUCGAACUACACUGACCGAUCUCAAGCUGGCCAUAGAUGGAACCAUUAUUAUGUCGGAAGACUUGCGAGAUGCUUUGGAUAACAUGUAUGAUGCCAGAAUUCCAAAGCUUUGGUUCAAGAUUUCCUGGGAAUCUGCUACUUUAGGGUUCUGGUUUACUGAGCUUCUUGAAAGAAACCAACAAUUUAGCAGCUGGCUGCUGGAUGGCCGACCAAAUCAAUUCUGGAUGACAGGAUUCUUUAAUCCACAGGGAUUCCUAACUGCCAUGCGGCAGGAAACAACACGCCUGAAUUUAGCAAAAGGCUGGGCGCUCGACAGUGUUAUUUUACACAAUGAUGUAACCAGGAUGAUGAAAGAAGAUAUUAGCAGCCCUCCUCCUGCUGACAUUGGUGGGGUUUACAUAUAUGGCCUUUUCCUGGACGGAGCAGGUUGGGACCGUAGGAACGCCAAGCUAACGGAGUCUGCACCAAAGGUGCUGUUCACAAGUCUUCCUGUGGUCCAUGUGUACGCUAUCAGCACCACAGCACCACUGGAUCCAAAGAAACAGCCAGGGAGCUUGUACUCCUGUCCUGUGUACAAAAAACCUCGACGAACAGAUCUGACCUACAUUUUCUCUUUAUAUUUGAAAACUGUGCAAAAUCCUGACCACUGGACUCUAAGGGGUGUUGCAUUACUCUGUGAUUCCAAGUAACGCUAUGGCAAUAAGAUCUCAUUGGAACAUUGGGCAAAGAAUGUUCAGGCUUUAGUUUAGUACAUAGCAGUGGUAUAUUUCUAUUCAUAGAUGUAUGGGCAUUAGCAAAUCAUAUUUGUAGAAACAGCUGUAUCUGCAUGGUGAGUUGUAUGAUCUUUUCACAGCGGGAAUCAUUAAACAUGUUUAACUUGGGAACAUCAACCAGGGAACCUUCAAAUCUGUGACAUGGAAAACAAUUAUAGGUAUAAAGUCUAGUUGCACCAAAUCUGUCCCCAUUUGCUGCAUAAAUUAGCUCAUUCUACUAAAUACUCUAUUCCACAUUUAAAAUAUAUCCCCAUUAAAAAUGCCUCUUGCUUGAAACUACUGUUCUAACUAGAUUUUACAGUGAUUCUUUAUUGAUCUUAUCUCCUCUUUAUAAUACGGUUAUGCUGACAGGUAUUGGUGAUUGCAAAGAACACAAGCCUCUUUGGAAGUGGGUACAAAUACACCCUUCAAUUAACACAACUGUCAGGACAAGUUAAUCACAAGCCCCCCUCCCCACCUAAGACAAAAGGGGAUGUGAAUCUGCCCAGAAGUUAAAGACGAUGUGGGCAGAGAGGUUUUCAGUGUGCGUGCACACAGAACAAGCAGAAUGAGCAAGCCUCAGAGGUCAGAAGAAAGCCAAGCAGUUGCUUGUAAGCACAGGGUGAGCCAGGAGAAACCUAGAGGAAGAUUCUGGGUUUGGUGCUGGCUAGAGAGGCUGUAAUCAAAGACAUGAUCCUGCUUUUUUAUUCCUCCUGCAUGCCUUGUAAAUAAACAACCCUUCAUCAAAGAAAAUAUCAGCUCCCUCAUUAAUAUCUGCUCCCAAGUAGAACAGCCCCAGGGGCCUGAACUUUGACUGGCCUCUGGAGCCAAAAAGGAGCCAGGGUACAGAUUUGGAAUUAUGCAGCCAUGUUUCAGUUCCAAGUGCAUCAGCUGCAGCAUUACGGAAGAAAGAUGGUGCUAUAUCCAAAUGGUUCUCUGGCUAUAAGCACUCCUUUAAAUGACUGAUUGCUUAGACGGAAGCAGAGACUGCUUCCAGGGAUAGACACUUGGCUAAGCUGGCAGCUAAUGUUUUGGAGAAACAGGGUUUGGUCUAAACCUUUAAUUCUUAGUGACUGGAAACUGAGGUGGAAGGUGUCACUCUCCUUUCCCUUCUCUGCCCCGCCCACUUCCUUCCUUUCUUUUUCUUUGUGCUUUUUUUUUUUUUUUUUACUGUUCUCCCCUUAUUUUUAUAAUACUAAAAUAAUAGAAAAAGUUGAUGUUGUACCACAAGUUUAAAUGUCUGCACACAAAAAGGCCUGUCUAACUGGCACACAGUUACUUUUGAUUUCAUUUGUAAAGUGGGUAAUUGUGCAUACAAAGAGACAAGCCUCUGCCUGACAGUUAUCUCCUCUGUGCAUGCAGGCAUAGCACUCCUGUGGCACCUUACAGACUAACAGACGUAUUGGAGCAUGAGCUUUCGUGGGUGAGUACCCAC